GUUGAACUCGUGCCAUUGUAGUGACUCAUCUCGGGCAGAGCGCAGGGGCUCGGAGCGAGACAGCGAGCGGCGCUCGGCAGGGACAGAGAGAGAGAGAGAGAGAGCGCAAGAAAGAGGGGGAGAGAGAGGGGAGGGCGAAGCGAGGCGAGACGCGCGACGCUGGCUUGUCCCGGAGCCCGCACGGGGUGCAGGUCACUGCGACGCGGAGCCACGUCCCUCUCAGCACCGCUCAGCCUGGAACCCCACGGGCGCUGUCCCACCGGCGCGAUCCGGGCCGCUGAACCGGCGCUCACCGCCUUGUCCUAAGUCAAGUGUCCAAGUCGCCGGGAAACUCAGGCGGCGAGUUGGCCACAGGAAGUUUAUUCUCGGGCUCCUUCUCUAAAAGGAGGAAACAGAAGUUUCUCCCAACCGGCGGCUUUUCUUUUUCGCCCUUUUGGCGCCCUGGGAGACCGGGGAGGGAGUCCUCCAGAGCUGCCAAGCGACAUUCGCGGGGCUCCUAGUCUUUUCGCGUUGCCCAUUUUUCUCCAGCCCGUGUGUCCCGGCAGAGCUCCGGCUGCGCGCGGGGGCGGAAGGGCGCGCGCAGGGGAGGGACUGAGGGACGCGCCGACUUUUUAGAGGGAGGGACCCUGUGGACAACCGGUUCCGCGGAGCUUGCGGAGCAGAAACGAAGUGCGGUGCGCGGCGAUCGGGGGGUCAUUUCCCGAGUGUCGCUGCCUCCUGUCGCCUGGGUUGGGGGACAGCCCGGGAGCGAAAAGCCCAGCCGGCCGCCGGGCCGGUGGACCAGCGAGCGCGCAGCAGACUGUGCGCGGCCGCGGCGAGGGCGGGGAAGAAAACCACCCUGUUUCCUCUCCGGCCCCCACCGCGGAUCAUGUACCAGGAUUAUCCCGGGAACUUUGACACCUCGUCCCGGGGCAGCAGUGGCUCUCCUGCGCACGCCGAGUCCUACUCCAGCGGUGGCGGCGGCCAGCAGAAGUUCCGGGUAGAUAUGCCUGGCUCGGGCAGUGCCUUCAUCCCUACAAUCAACGCCAUCACCACCAGCCAGGACCUGCAGUGGAUGGUACAGCCUACAGUGAUCACCUCCAUGUCCAAUCCUUAUCCACGCUCACAUCCCUACAGUCCCCUGCCAGGCCUGGCUUCAGUCCCUGGGCACAUGGCUCUCCCCAGACCUGGAGUGAUCAAGACCAUUGGUACCACCGUGGGCCGCAGAAGGAGAGAUGAGCAGCUGUCUCCCGAAGAGGAGGAAAAGCGUCGGAUCCGGAGGGAGAGAAACAAGCUGGCUGCAGCCAAGUGUCGGAACCGUCGCCGUGAGCUGACUGAGAAGCUGCAGGCGGAGACAGAAGAGCUGGAGGAGGAGAAGUCUGGUCUGCAGAAAGAAAUCGCUGAGCUGCAGAAGGAGAAGGAGAAGCUGGAGUUCAUGCUGGUGGCCCAUGGUCCUGUGUGCAAAAUCAGCCCCGAGGAGCGCCGAUCGCCCCCCACCUCCGGGCUGCAGUCCUUACGCGGUACGGGCAGUACAGUUGGCCCCGUAGUGGUGAAGCAGGAGCCUCCGGAAGAGGACAGCCCCUCUUCCUCAGCAGGGAUGGACAAGAGCCAGCGCUCUGUCAUCAAACCCAUCAGCAUCGCCGGGGGUGGUUUCUACGGGGAAGAGCCUCUGCACACCCCCAUCGUGGUGACCUCCACGCCUGCCAUCACUCCGGGCACUUCAAACCUUGUCUUCACCUACCCCAGUGUCCUGGAGCAGGAGUCUCCUGCGUCGCCCUCAGAAUCCUGCUCCAAGGCCCACCGCAGAAGCAGCAGCAGUGGGGACCAGUCGUCAGACUCCUUGAACUCCCCCACCCUGCUGGCCCUGUAACCCUGCGCUCCUCUGGCCAGCUCUCCAUCAUUGCCACACUCUUCCCAAGGACCAGCACCUUUAAGCACUCCGGGGCCAUGAGGGCAAAUGUGGCUCCCUGACUCUGGGGAACCUACCCGAUAGGACUUAGUGGUGAGACAUUGGUUGAUCUCUUAGAAGCCCUGGGAUCCCCCCUUUACCCCCUCCCCUCAUCUUGCAAGCGUACCCUCUUGAGAAGCCGCAGAGAACUUGGUUUGUGAACUCAGACGUGUCUCCCGCUUCUGAAGCCCCGCCCCCCGGAGCUGGCCCGGAUGGUUCCAAUCCUUCCCUUUGUUAUUCGUUGUCUCUGGAGUGACAGUGUCCUUUCCUGCCCUACCAAGCAUGCUCAGUGCCUUUUGGUUUCCCCUCCUUCCCCUGGUAUCAGUUUGGCUCCCUCUGGGUUUUUAUGAGAUUUGCCAUGACAUUUCAUCUGGGUGGUCCAGAUAUUAAAGCGCUUUUGUUUCUGGA